AUGGAAUCACCAAUACAAGCUAUGAUCGAAACGCUGACGGAGCAAGUGUUCAAAGCUCUUGUGAACCAAGCUCAAUUCUCAAUUGAGUUUAGCGGCCAGUUUAAGCAGAUGAAGACAGGGCUUGAUCUUGCCAAGGCAUUACUUGCAGACACAGAGAAUCUCAAUCGCAAGAACGAAACUGUCAGGGCAGGCUUGACACAUUUGAAGGAAGUGAUUUAUAAAGCUGAUGAUGUACUCACAGAUUGCUUGGUCAGACAUGAAUAUAUGAAAGAUGCAUCCUGGGCCGUUUACUUACUUCUCGAUCCAUUCUUCUGUCAUCGUAUGGGCAAGAAGCUGAGAGGCAUUAAUCAGCAUAUGAAGGAGAUAGAGAAGACAUUGGGCAGGUUUUUGAAGGCUCCAGAUAGCAUUCAUGCAGAUGAUUCAUACCAAGUUAGGGGAAUUAUGUCGCAGGACUGGAACCCAACUGACACCAUUGGAUUGGAUGAUGAUGUCGAAAAGAUAAAGGGUUGGAUGUUUGACACCACCACACCGCUUCACCGCAUAGGCAUUGUGGGAAUGGGGGGCUUAGGCAAAACCACCAUUUCCCAGAAAAUCUUUCAUGAUGUGAAAGUAUUAGCCCACUUUGACAAGAUGAUAUGGGUGUGUGUUUCGCAGUCUUUCAGCGCUGAGCGGAUCAUGAGGAGCAUCCUGGAAAGGGAGGACUUAAAGGGAAGAGAUGCCUCAUUGUUAUGGAUGAUGUGUGGAGUCACACAGAGGUGGACUGGUGGACUAACCUGUGUUCUGUUUUACCAAAAGAAAACAGCUGCAUCAUAA